UCGGGUCAUCAAAAGUUCAUAAAAUAUUGUCUGAUUUCUGAUAAGCCGGGGCCAUAUUCGACUUUCAUCUCGAGAGCCGGGCACUAAACGUAGCGUGUGUGUUUUAAAUCCGAUCAUUUGUCACCGAAACACCCCCGGGAACGGUUGGAAUAUUCACUUCGCCGGCAGUUGCCUUUGUAAUUGACUGUGGAAAUAUGGUUUUCAUCACGAAAUUCGCAAGGAUUGGCCUGCAGGCCGCCCGCCAGCUGAGUGCCACGCCCCUAGUGGCCAUUCAGGGGCGCGCCUUCCACCUGACCAGCCUUCUCGCCAAAGAACGUCGCUACACAAACAAACACGAGUGGGUGGAGCUGGUCUCUGGGAACAACGCCAUCGUGGGCAUCUCCAGUUACGCCCAGGAGGCUCUCGGGGAUGUGGUCUUCGCCCAGCUGCCGGAACCGGGCACGGAACUCAAGCAGGAUGACGAAUGUGGGGCCCUGGAGAGUGUUAAGGCGGCCAGCGAGGUGUACUCUCCAGUUACUGGCAAGGUGACAGAGAAGAAUGCCCAGGUGGAGGACACACCGGCCCUAGUCAACAGUAGCUGCUAUGAGAAGGGCUGGCUCUUCAAGGUGGACCUCAAGAAUCCCCAGGAGCUCGAUGCCCUCAUGACCGAGGAACAGUACAAAACCUUCGUGAGCAGCAGUGACGAUCACUAGAACAACCGCCAGCAGCAGCUAAACCAAGCAUCUUGACUGUAGCCUUUAAAACAAUACUAUCUAGCAUUUGUUAUCAGCUCGAAAACUUCACACGCAUCCCGAAAAUCACCAACCAAACUCAUCGCCAUACACACGUUAUUGUAGCUCUUGAAAUUUGUUACGAAUAAGAAUCAACAGUAAAGCCAAAUAUUAUAUUUAAA